AUGGGUUCUUCAUCCAAAAGCAUUCAUCAGACCUACAAGCUUUAUGGCCUCUACGGCACAAAGGAUGCCGGUUCAGGCAACGACAAGCUGUACGGCUAUUCGGCAAUCAAGAACGAUCUGCGCGGCGGGUCAGGGAACGACUUCGUCGGUGGCUGGGCGCCUCUCAAUUAUCUGCGAGGCGGUUCCGGCAACGAUACGGUCAAAGCCUAUGGUGCGAAGAAUUACCUGUGGGGCGACAGUGGCACGGACAAGCUCUACGGCUAUGGCGCUUACAACGCAAUGUAUGGCGGUACCGGUAAUGACACGCUUUACGGCUACGGUGCCAAAAACGUCAUGCGCGGCGACAGUGGUUACGACACGCUCUAUGGCUACGGUGCCUACAAUGAUAUGGAUGGCGGCAGCUACAGCGACAAGCUCUACGGCUACGGUGUCACCAACAAGAUGAAGGGUGGCUCCGGCCAUGACAGCCUCUAUGGCUAUGGCGCAUCCAAUUCCAUGUAUGGCGGAACCGGCAACGAUACACUGAAAGGUUAUGGUGCCUCGAACGUCAUGCGCGGUGAUGACGGCGACGACACUCUGGAAGGCCGGGGCGCGUCCAAUGUCAUGUAUGGCGGAGACGACCAGGACACCCUGAAGGGCUAUGGCGCGUCGAAUGUCAUGAAUGGCGACAGCGGCAACGACAAAUUGUAUGGCUAUGGUGCUUCCAACGUCAUGCGCGGUGGAACCGGUAACGACCAUAUGGAAGGUCACGGGCUGUCCAAUGUCAUGUACGGCGACAGCGGCGAUGACACCAUGGAAGGUCGCGGUGCCUCCAACGUCAUGCAUGGUGGCACAGGCAACGACACGAUGAACGGCCACGGCGCGUCGAAUGUCAUGAACGGCGACAGCGGCAACGACAAAUUGUAUGGCUAUGGUGCCUCCAACGUCAUGCGCGGUGGAACCGGUAACGACCAUAUGGAAGGUCACGGGCUGUCCAAUGUCAUGUACGGCGACAGCGGCGAUGACACCAUGGAAGGUCGCGGUGCCUCCAACGUCCUGCAUGGUGGCACAGGCAACGACACGAUGACCGGCAUCGGCGCGUCGAAUGUCAUGUAUGGCAAUGAUGGCGUUGACCGAAUGGAAGGCCGUGGCGCAUCAAACGUCAUGCGUGGUGGCGACGACAAUGACGCCAUUUACGGCUUUGGCGCAAACAAUGUCAUUCAUGGCGAGCACGGCGACGACUUCAUCGAAGCCAAGGCCGGCGUAACGACGGCAUUUGGCGGCGAUGGCAACGACACCAUCAUGGCCGCCGGUGGGGUCAAUGUCCUCAACGGCAACGACGGCAACGACACGAUCGAAGCGAUCGGUGGCGUCAAUGUGGUUCACGGUGAUGCGGGUGAUGACGACAUGCUGGCGCUGGGCGGCGUGAACACCAUGUUCGGCGGUUCCGGCGACGACAGAAUGAAGGCACUCGGCGUUGCCAACAUCCAAUUUGGUGGCGACGGUGAAGACUUGCUGGCCGCCGCCGGAAACGGCAACCUGCAGUUCGGCGAUGCCGGUAACGACCAGCUUUAUGGGCUUGGUGUGAAUGUCGGCCAGUUCGGUGGUGACGGUGAAGACGUGCUUGUCGGUGUCGCCGGAGUCAACCUGCAACAUGGCGGUGCAGGCAAGGACAAGCUCUUUGCCGUCGGUGGCGCAAACAUCCAGAUAGGUGGUUCGGACGAUGACUUCCUGAUGGCUGGUGGUGCCAACAACAUCCAGUUCGGUGACCAUCUCUGGAGCGCAAUCCCGUCCGAUCUCGGUUUUGACGACGACGGCAAAUUCGCCGACGUGAUCGAGAAUUUCGACGAACAUUUCGAAACCGAGGGUGGUGGUACCAACGUCCUGAUUGGUGGUGGCACGAACAACCUGCAGUUUGGCGGUUCGGGCAAGGACUAUGCCUUCGGCGCCGGUGGAAUGACCACCCAGGUCAUGGGCCAGGGCGAUGACGUCAUGGUCGGUGGCGGUAUCGGUGUCGUGCAAUAUGCAGACGCCGGAAACGAUAUCCUUAUCGGCGGCGGUCAGGGCGUUGCUCAAUUCGGCGGCGACGGUUCGGAUGUCAUGGUGGCAGCGGCCAAGAUCGUUGCUCCGCAAUACAAGGCUGCUGCUUCCUUUCAAUAUGGCGGUGCCGGCACAGACGUGAUGCUUGGCCUUUCAUUUGGCGAUGAAGCUGCAGCCACCGUAUCCCUUAACAACGACAAGGAUAGCGACGGCAACCGCAAGGGCGGCCUGAUCAAGGGUGCUCUGCCUGAGGAAAUCGUCGUCACCGCGCAGCUUGGCGGGGAAGGCGCAGACCUGAUGGUUGCCAGUGGACCCGGCACGAUCGUGCACGGGGGUGCCGACGAUGAUGUUGCGCUGGCUCUCUCCGACACGAAUUCGCUCGUGAUGGGUGGCGCUGGUGAUGACCUGAUCCUGAGCAGUUCGGGCUUCGACAAGAUGGAAGACGCCCUCGAGAUGAAAAGCGAAAUCGAAAAGGAAGGGGACGUCGAACUGCUGUCCUUCAGCCUCGGCAACUUCUUCGCCGGGGGAUCCGGCUCGGAUGUGAUCAUGGAUAUCUCGGAUUUCACCAAGAUCGUUAUUCAUGAUGCACUUACCGACGUGCCCUGGGUUCAGGGGUUCCGUUCCGCGCUGACCGCAACAAUCAAUGCCGUGGAAGGCAUCAGCGAGCCGAUUGCCGAACUCAUCGACUCCGUGACCGAUUUCAGCCCGGAGUUCGGUGCUCCCGGACUUGGAUCCUAUGAGGUCAAGGCGAACGUGACGCUUGGAGGGCUUGGCGCUGAUGUGCUCGGUGGUGAUGGGUUCCUCUCAGGCGAGGCUGGAGACGACACGUACACGAUCUGGGCGAAUGGUGAGGCAACCAUUGCCGAGCGUGCAACUGACGGGGUCAAGUCAUUCCUGGAGAGUUUCGAUGUCGACCUGCCGGUUCUUGAUGACAUUUCGCAAACACCCGACGGCAACGAUGUCAUCGAAUUGCGAAGCUUGUCACUCGAUGCCAUGGAUCAGGAUGCGUUCAACUUCGUAAGAUCGGCUGACGCGCUCCAAAUCGAACUCGACGACAAGACCGUCGCGACGGUUCAUGGAAUGGAUGACGAAACCACCGCGGUCGAAUGGCUCAAGGUGGUACAGGGAGCCGACAGUUUCGUCUUCGAUCUGAAAGCGAUCUACGACGAACCUGAUCCCAUGGAUGAUUUCUCGUUUGCAGUCGAGAGCGUGACGGUCGGCAUCGACACCCUUGCAUCCGGCGACAUCCUGGGUCUCCUGGCCGGUGCGGCAGAAACGCUUGGUGCGUUCGGCUCAUCGGAAGCAGAUGCCGCCAACGCGGAUCUGACUGUCGCACUGGGACAUGGCACAGAAGCAGUCGGGACGAUAAUUCCGGAAACGGACUUCAUCUGA